GACCUGCCUCGGUCUCCGGUGGCUCCGCCCCUGGACUCCUGCUUCCUGAGACCGGCCCGCCCGGCCAACCGCCGACCCCCCUCCCGCUGGGCCGCCCGCUCCCCCUCCUCCUCCCCCAAAUGGAACGAGGGCGCAAAGAGGAGGUUCGCCUUCCCGCUGCCGGCGCAACAGAAGCCCAUCCUGGAGGGGGAGGAGCCGGCAUGAGACCGCCCCUCAACCCCGCCUCCUUCAGCUCAGCCUAAACGUACCUCAGAUCCCCCCCAGAACUAGAGACUGUCAAAAAACAGAGCCUCAACAGUGGGGGGUGGGGGGUGGGGGGUUGGAUUUGUAGCACCAGCUGAACAUCAAGGAACCAGAACUUUAUUUUUAAAUUUAUUUUAUUUAUUUAUUUUUUAAGAAUCUGGAUCCAAAUCAUUAAACUCACGACACGUCUGUGUGCUCAUAUUUAUUUAUUUAUUACAACCUCAAGUCAGAAAAAGAGUCAAAUGUAAAUAAAAACAAACUGCAGUGAUUUCCAAAUCUCUUAAAUCCGUAUUUUUUACAUUGAAACAUAGUAAACAUGUUUAAAAUAAAAAAGUUUCAAAUUUUACGAAAAGUUGCAGUUUAUCAAUGUCUUGCUGAAACGAGCAAUGGUUUCUUUUAAAAACUUCGAUUUAUACUUUCCUGAAAUGAUGGCGUCUGUCCAGAUGUGUAGCUCAGAUUCACAAAUGCACCCCCAUAAUAUUAGCGAGGCAGGCCUUUAAACUAUGUGCCAACUCUCCUCUUUAGUGCAGGAAACCGUGGAUUCCAAAAAUAAUUACAAUUUUUUUUAUGUGACCACAGAACAAUUUUUUUGUUUACCAAUCAGUCUUCAAAUAUGGCUGCUUGUUUGCGUGAUAGAGCUUUAACCAGCAUUGGAGCAAGAAGCAGAAAUUCUGCUUUUUAUUUAUUUUUAAUUUUUUUAUAAAAGUCUCUUUUUGUACUCCGCCCUCUCACUGACCUGCUGCCAAUUAAUCUAAUUUAUUGCAAAUUACUUGUUUCUUGUUAUCGCAGCCUUUUCUUGCCCGUUUUAACAUUUUUAAAUCGUGUUUCUGCCGUCAAAUUUUAAAUUUUAUGUUUUUACCUUAAAUUUUUUUAAAAUAUAAUUUCCAAGUUGAAACAUUAAACAUGUUUACUGUUUCGUGAUGAAUAAAAUACGGGUUUAUGAAAGAUGCAGAUCAUUUCAUUUGGUUUUUGUUUAUAUUUUAAACUUUUUUUCAGGUAAAAAAAAAAACGAUUUUCUUUAAUCUGUUUACAUUUUCUCAUGUAGCUGGACUUUAUUAAUUUUUUUAAUAACGGCAUUUAAAAAAAAGUUUUGUUGAACUAAACUCAGCUUCAUCGGAAGCGGAGACAUGAUGUCACUUGACGUUUUGGUUGAUUUCCACGUUGAGGUGUGUAAAAACGUGAAGAACCUUAUGCAGAUGCGGGCGGCAGAACGUGAGCGGUGUUUGCAUGCCUUUUAAAACACGAGCACUUUAGUGCAUGUACAUACAGCUGUAGUGGUCUGUGCUCGCUCCAAGAGGGAAGAACUGCUCAACUGUUCCAUUGGUUGUUUUUGCAUCAACGAAAAAUGUCUGUUUUUAAGUAAAUUAUUGUACCUGAUAGGCCGUCUUUGUUACCGAUGGACUUUUUUUUUUCUUCUUUUGACAUGAACGGAUUGUGGAAACAUAAAUAUGAAUGUUUUAUGUCGAAAAAGUCAAAUAAUCUCUAGUCUUAAAUACUAAAUGUUAAUAAACAUGAAUGUGUAUUUUCAAGA